AAACGCCAGUAGACAUUUUUCGUGGUAAUGAAUGGAGUACGCCGGUAAGAAAGAUGUGAUGAUAAGUUCCGUAAAGUUUUUAAGAAAUCAAUAUGGCCCUCAAGCUGGGGAAAUGCAGACUUUGUCUGAAGCUUGGCGACUUUUACUCCAUCUUCACCGUGGACAAUGCCAUCCAACUGGCAGAGAUGGUCAUGGAAUGCGCCCGGGUGAAAAUCUACGAUGGCGACGGGCUUCCCGACAAGAUUUGUUCAGAGUGCAUACAGAAGCUCAGCAGCGCAUACAUCUUCAAGCAGCAGUGCGAGCGCUCUGACCAGGAGCUGCGCAGGAAUUAUGUGCCGCCGCCGGGGUUCAGCAUCACGCCCCCACCGCCACAAAACAGACAAAGCAGCGAUUCCGCGUUCUCGUCCCAAACUGACAUCUCGAACCAGACCAAGCCGUCUUCCUCCAACGAGAGCGCCGUCACGCCGGCCAGUCGCUCGCGCAAGCGCAGCCGCGAGAGCGCCGACAACACCUCCGUCAGUAGUCGUUCCCACGACUACGCGCCCGCCACAAAACGCGUCUCCGAACUCCGCGAUUCCCAAAAGAAACGCCGCGUCCAAAACUCCUACGAGGACGACUCCGACUACGAGGAUCACAUGUCGAACUCCCAGUUCUCCGCCGGCACCGACUCCGACGAGCCGCUCCUCAAAAACUCCUUCAAGUGCAAAAAGUGCGAAAAGUCAUUCGCGAGCGCCAAAAGUUUAGCCCUCCACGGCCGGACGCACAAAAAGGACAGCCUCGGCCAGAACGAGGUGGUCAACAUCCCGAAACCCGCCCCUUCCGAGGACGCGACCGACGACGACGACAAGCUGUCGUGCGACAAAUGCGGGAAGACGUUCAAGCUGAAGAUAAUGCUGAAGCGGCACCACGACCUGUGCGGCGUGAUCACCGAGGUGUCCCCGCAGAAGGAGUUGCUCGUGUCUCUCGAGCCGAUCGACGCACCGGUUCACCCGAAAAAGAUCGAGUGCGAGAUAUGCACGUCCAAGUUCAAAUCGAUCGAUAAUCUGAACAAGCAUUUGCGAGUGGUUCACGCGGCGGCGCCGAAACCGGAUCCGUCGCCGGUGAAAGAUAAAAAAGUGUCGGUGCCGUGCAUAUUCUGUCGGAAGCAGUUCGACGACUACUACGUGUAUACGGCGCACCACAACAGCUGUAACAAGCGGCGGGAGUUGGACGCGUUCUCGUGUCCGGUGUGUAAGCGGUUGUCGGGGAAGCGCAGCGCGUUCUUCGUUCACGUGAAGAACCUUCAUUUCGAGCGCGGGCUGUCUGGGAAGGAGGAGCCUCGGGCGGAGGCGUUCGACUGCCGCGUGUGCAGCAAGCGGCUGGCGUCGCAGGAGCAACUCAUCACGCACCUGGCCGCGCAUAUGUCGCACAUUGACGAGCCCGAGGCCGCCGCCGACGACGAGUCCAGGGCCAGCACCUUAGACGAUUCUGCAUCGAUCGCGUCGGCGGACUAUACCAGCUCAAAAUACGUUUCCAACGGACCUUUAAAGUGUGGUAUCUGCGACAAGCGGUUCACGUACAAGAAGGCGCUGGUCACGCACCACGAGCGCUGCCACGCGAAUAUGGAGCUGCAGGUGAAGGUCGAGCCGCCUGAUAAGAUGCCUGAGCAGUGUGGUAUCUGCGACAAGCGGUUCGUGUACAAGAAGGCGCUGGUCACGCACCACGAGCGGUGCCACGCGAAUAUGGAGCUGCAGGUGAAGGUCGAGCCGCCUGAUAAGAUGCCUGAGCAGUGUGGUAUCUGCGACAAGCGGUUCACGUACAAGAAGGCGCUGGUCACGCACCACGAGCGCUGCCACGCGAAUAUGGAGCUGCAGGUGAAGGUCGAGCCGCCUGAUAAGAUGCCUGAACAGGUAAUUUUAGGAUAG